GAUGAUCUCCAAAUUGAACAAUUUAAUGGUUUCUCUUUCAUUAUCUGAUUCUAUACAAUUCGUUGAAAGGCAUCCAUUCCUUUCAAUAAUUGGAGCAUUAACAGGUGUAUGGACUAUAAAGCAAUUAAAAAAGCCAAGAAAUUUACCACCUGGUCCUAUAAGUUUACCUUUUAUUGGAGGUACUUGGGCUCUGUAUCUUUAUGGAAAUCUUCAGAAAUUAAGGCAAAAAUACGGUGAUGUAUUUUCGAUGUAUAUAGGAUCCGAAUUGGUUAUCUAUAUAUUUUCAAAAGAUCUAAUAAAAGAAGUAUACGUUGAUAGAAGGAGCGAUUUCAGUGCUGGAAAUACUAAUUUAUUUGAUUUAACUAAUAAGAGUCUUGUGAACUCUUCCAAUACCGACAGAUGGAAAAAAAUUAAACUCCUCAUUUUACCUUUAUUUAAUUGCUAUAUCGCUCACAAUUUAGAAAAAACUGUAAAUUGGACAAUGGAAGGAGUUUGUCGAAAACUAACUGAGAAUAACAAUGUCCUUAAUCCAGAUAAAUUAAUUAGGCAAGCCUUAACCCAAAUAGCUUUGUCAUUAUAUUUAAAUGAGCGUCGAAAUUUGGAUGAUUUCGAACUGAAUCUAUUACAAGAUACUAUCUCUCAGGCUUUUAGUGCUUUUAGUAAUUUUGUAUUCAAUCCUUUUAUUAAUUUUGUACCAUUUCCAAAUGUUGUUUUCAGGAAGAGUUUCAUUAGGCCUAUAGAGUUAGGUAGAAAACUAAGACAAUUCUUUCAAAAUCGUUUGAUUAAGCGUCAAAAGUAUCAUAAUCAAACCAAACCUGGAGACUUUCUUCACGCCUUAAUGAUCUUAUUCGAUAAUGCAACGGAUGGACAGGUUAUUGAUAUUUUUAUAAUUUUAAUAAUCGACUCGAUACACACAAUAUCGAUUGGUAUUUUAUGGACAAUUUUACGUCUCGCAUUAAAUCAGAAACUUCAAUAUGAAAUUCACGAACUAAUAGACAGGGCUACCGGAAAUCGAUGUCCAAAUUUAACCGACCGAGCUAAAUUAGCUUUAAUUGAAGCUGCAUUUCUUGAAGCCUUACGUCUAGAUGAUUUGCUAAUGGCAUCCGUAUAUCACCGUUCUAUUAAGAAUACCGAAUUAAAAGGUUAUUUUAUACCAAAAGAUACUGCAGUAAAGGCAGUCGUUGAGAGCGUUCAUCUUGACGAACAAGUUUAUUCAGAUCCAUAUUCUUAUAAGCCUCAUCGAUUUCUAAGCGACAACGGACUGCUAAUUAGAUCCGAUGAAUUUUUAUCCUUUGGGUUAGGAUCGAGAAGAUGUAUUGGAGAGCAAAUGGUCAGAAUUGAAGCGUUUCUAAUCUUGUCGACUCUACUGUUUAGCUUUAAAAUGGAAUUUGACGGUUCGGAACCAUCAAUCGAGCGUCAGAAUAACUCUGCUAUACCAACGCCACAUCCAUUCAAAAUUAAAUUCACACCUAGGCGAUAA